AUGAAGGUGUCGCCUCACCGAACUUCCGAGAGGGGGUCGUUGCCCACAGGCGGUGAGAACGGCAAGCACCGUUUCACACAAAGCGGUGCUCUGCGUCGCCAAUCUGCUGCUCCCGGUGGUGCCAAGCGAAGCACCAUGACAGGAUUUCUGAAGGCCGAGCCUAAUCCAGGAAGCGAAACCCAAGACCUGGAAGCGACCCAGAGGCGCCUGAAAAGCGCGCACAGGCGGACGAUGCUGCCAACCUGGAUUUUGACGGGGCUGUCUCUGGCGUAUGUACUGUUUGAGGGAGGGCGUUUGUUGUAUGAAACGACAUUGCAGCAGUGGUCAGAAGAGGCAAUCUUGCACAUCGACAAGGAAAUCUUUUUUCUCCACGAUUUUGCGGCCGGCUUCUACUCUCUCGCUGAGCAACUGACUAGCGAUUACUGCUUCUUGAACUUCAUGAAUGCCCAUUCCCCGCCGGCGGCUCCGACGUCUACGCGGGAAGAGGUCCAGAACUUGAUAAGCGGCUACGCCCCUUCAUUUUGUUCCUGGAUCAAAGACUUGUACUUUUUUGAAGAGCCACUCGCAGACACAGCGGACCGUUCAACCUAUCAGCUGUUGAACACGACCUAUAUCUGUGGAGAACGAUUCGCAGACUUGGUGCAGCGCAUCAAUGGAAACAUGGUGGAAGUCGUGCAGAACUACACCCUUGUCAAGAUGCGACUCAUCGAAAUGCUCGCGCCUCUGGUGGACAAUCGGAACUGGUCACCUCACCUGUUAUGUGACUUGGAUUUCUCUGCUGGCGAUUUAUGGGCUUGCCACGACGGACUCACGGCACUCGAACAACUCAGGGGCCAACUUUCCGGAUAUCUGGGCAGGGAAUGGCACCUCUACUCUCCGAUCCUCAGCAUCGUGAUUGUCUUCAUCCUCGCCACGCUUUUCUUUUCCAGACGGCAUGCAUUCAAUGCCGUCUUCCACACACGCUUUGAAAGCCUAUGGGCGAUGCUUCAACAAAUUGAUCAGGUUCUCCAACGAAGACUAGAAAACAUGGUGGUAAUCAUGCAGUCUGUCAUUGACGAUCGCAUGAUUGGGCGCCUGAAGGUUGUCUCGGGCAUCCAGAGCUUGCUUCUCUCCUCGGAGUCUCCGGCUGUCAUGCGUCAGUUUUAUCGGGUGAUGGAGCACUGCACCUUCGAGCUCAUUGAGAGCCUCAACCUCGCUUCCCAGUACGUCAAACUGGAAAUGCAGUCAUCCACAGAAGGCCGCGAGAUGGUGAACAUUCGUCUCUUGCUGGACGGCUGCAUCCAGGUAUACAAGAACGAAACGCGAGCAAAUGGAACGUCGAUCUCCUGCGUCUACGCCCCCACGGUCCCCACUGCUCUGGCGAUCGACAAGCUGAGGCUGCGAACUGUCUUGCUGCAGGUUCUGCGUUUCGCUCUUCUGGAAGGGAAAGUCACUAACGCGGAAGUGAAGCUGACAGCGAAAAAAGUAUUUCUUGGAAAAGCACCUUCCACCAUCGAAACGGAGAAGCGAAACGAUCUCAAGAACUUUGAUACACAGAUCAGCAUCAAAUGCAAAAUGGAGAGCGCCAUGACUUUCUCGGCGGUCGAGCUCCUGGAUUCGGCCUACCUGCGGUUGAGGCGGGGAAAAGGAAUUGGGUUCAUUUAUGCCAAAAAAGUUCUUAGGGAACUUAAUGGCGACAUCACCAUCACCACCACAGACAGUAACGAAGUGAUCUACGACCUCUACUUUCAAGCCAUGGGACGAUUCCAUGUGAAGGACUUCCAUGUUGCAUUCGGCACAGUAAAGAACGCCGUGGCGUUGACGAUGAAUGUUCAGCAAGCCAAGGGCUACUCGCAGUUGGCUGCAGUGGCGGAUUUGGUGGGCGUAAAAGUGAUUCAUGUGACCUCUGUCGCAGAAGCUGUCGAGCACAUGCUCUCGAAUCGCGGCCACCGGAUCGUCUCUGUCUUUUUUAAGGACCCAUCAGGAGUCAUUCGUUCGCAGCUGAGCUCGGCGCUGCCCCAGAGCAACUCCAGGAACAUUCCCCUUGUUGAAGUCGUCGCGGAAGGAGACAUUCUGACUCGCGAGCGACUCGAGGAAUCGUUUCGCGUAGCCAAUCCCAGCGAUACUUCCCGGGAGGUCGCCAUUGAAAUCCAAGAACGAGGCAGAAGAGGAUCUACAACCCAAGGCCGGCUGCUCCUCAGAGAGAGUCAUGCCUUUCGGCAGUCGAAAAUCGUGCCUAUCGAGGAGCCUCUGACAACGUCGGACUGUGUCACUGCCAUGGCCAUUGGAGCAGCUUCCUUUCUCUCGAAUCGUCAAGCGUCGAAAGACCUUCUGCGCAAUCUCUCUUAUGGACGUCGUUCGUUCUGGGACAGUUUAGUAACAGCAUUCACCGCUAACACGACGCGCCUGGAUAGAAGGCGAAAGUGGGUCAACGAAAUUUGGAGGCAGGUCGAGUUCGAUGCGUGGAAGCCUGUACAACAGUUUCGCGGGAGCGUCUACCCAGCCGAUCGCCUGUUUCACAAGGUCUCAAAUAUGCCCAUUCAAAAUAAGUACUACGCCUACUUUGUUGCGGGCAGAAUCAACGAAGUUGGUUUCGCCACCAAUGUAAUAGAUCUCUACAAGAAUAUGGUGUUGGAUCAGCGUGUUUACAAGCUCCCGGAGGAAAAGAAUAUGAGUUUCUACGAGUUAGCCCAGACACGGGCGUACCUUCUUGAAACUGGACAGAAAAACGAAUGUUUAGGUGCAGAUUACAACGAAGAUUACUUGGGCAAGCUUCUCGGCGCACAAAUUGAUCCAAUGGACACGACUGCUUUGGUCAAGAAAGUCUACGAGGAGUUCGAGGUGAAAUCCGAAAUCAAAGUCCCAGAAGAAGAAGAGCCUGGAGGCCAGGAAGACGAACUCCCCACUGCUGAACGGACGACGGAGGAAUUCAGAUGGGGCAACAUUCCCGAGUACACAGUGCCGAGCUGCAUCACGGCGAGUGUUGCCAGGAUGGAUACAGUCCUGUGCUUGGCUCCGAGCAUCGCGUCGGAGGCACGACUAAACACGUACAGAGAAAAUGCUCCAUCAAUCGCUGUCGAGUUCAUCUUCAGCUGGGACUUUGAUAUCUCCAGUCUCCAACCUGAAAUGUCUGCGAAACUGGCGUACGAGUUGCUGAUUUGGUGUGCAGAUAAAGCGCACAUUAGCGUUCCUCGGGAGACGUGCGAGAAGUUCGUCCUCUCUGUGCAGCAGAACUAUUCUGCAAUGCCUUUCCAUAACUUCAACCACGCGUUGCAUGCAGCUCAAGCAGUGAUAUUGAUUGCAAAAGACCUGUCUUUUCAACAUUGGUUUUCUUACGAAGAUAAAUUUAUUAUUAUGCUCGCGGCGCUGGGUCAUGACAUGGGCCACCCUGGAGUAUCAAAUGAGUUUCUGAUUAGCAUGCGAUCGUUCACGAGCAUCUUGUUCAACGAAACGGCCGUUCUGGAGAAUUACCACACCUUGCUUUACAUGGAUCUUUUGAAAAACUCUGAUCUGGACAUUUUGAAAAUGCUCCAGCCCGAGGCCGUCCAGCGGGCGCGGCAGAGAAUCAUCGCAGCCAUCUUGGCCACCGAUCGCGCGUUAGACAUGAAACUCAUUGACCUUCUGAACGAUGUCAAAAGCAAAAACGAGAAAGUGCCGGUACCCGCCGCGCUCCUCGAUCCAAAUGUCAGGGACGCCUGUCUCAUUCAUGCGGCUGACCACGCUCUCUCGCUCCUCAACUUUCCACUCCAUCGGAAGUGGGCUGAGAAAAUGGCGAUCGAAAUGCACUUCCAGAACACUAUGGACGAAGCCUUAAAGCUGCCCAAGAGCUACUGCAGCCUCAGUAGAUUAACAGAAGCAUCCCUUGCUGGAUCCCAAGUGACGAUGAUAGAUACACACUACCUGCCAUUCUUCAGCGCCCUCGCUUGGUAUUUCCCUGGCGACCUCGAUAUGAGAGUUGCUGUGAUGAAAGCCAACGCUGCGUUCUGGCAGCAUCUUCGUGAUGAAGAAAUGAGGAAAACAGUCGCACUGAAUGACAAUCCGGAGCAAGAAGAUUGGAGGAGUGCAAAACUGCAAGUGAUCUCUAGCAAAUUCGUCGAGAAUAGAGAGAAAAUGCACCAGAAAGCGGCGGAAAUGAUGCAGGCCGAGGCUACAGAUGUUUUCUUUGACCCUUACCCAAUGAUAGUAGAUCAAAGUGGCAACGAGGGCGAAGAGGACUCCUUCGCGAAGGGGGUGAUGCGCGAGAAAUCCGGAAUGGGGGGGUACGCAAUAGAGAGCAGACGUCGGUCAGCUGAUUCAUCCAGGGGAGCGGAACGGCGGGAAUCAGAUGCUGAAGCUCAUCAUUCGGAAGCAACGCAUGCCCCGAAACCAGACGAAAAGUCUCAGUUAGACAAGAAUGGGCAGCGACAGUCCAACAGUUCGGGUCUGGAACAAGGCAGUAAAGCCGGGGUAUCCUGCUUCCAGCGCGCAAGCCUGCGGGCUCGUUUCGUCGAUGCUGGUGUGACCAUUCCGGCAACAAAGCAGCCAGUUCUGAGUGAAACACAUGCGUCUGCAACCAAUGACACUUCCAGAGGGGAGCAAGGAAAUGAAAAGGGAAACCUUGACAGCACAGAGCAAACCACGAAAAUAGGAGACGAAGAGAAGGAAGCGAGAACAGACGAGAUGGUCGGAGAUCCGGAAGAAACACGUGAGAAACAUGAUCCUCCAACAGUAUCACACUUCGAAGACAGAAGUGACCAUAGACAAGUCGAUGCCCCAGAUUCACUCCCAGAAGCAGCACCUAACGUAGGGAGCCAAAACCCCAAUUCAGCAGGAACGCAUCCAGACACAAGAGCCACUCCUUCAGUGUCUGUCCCGAGUAACGUCGCUGAUGAAGAGGUUGCAGAACGGGUGCCGGCACCUGUUCCGGCAGACCAGUCGUUAUCUAGAACUUUACUCCAAAGUGAUGAAGCAUCUCAACGAAAGAACCAAACGAAGAGUCUUUCAAACGCUGAAAGCGUGGACACAGAGGAAAUGUCGGCUUUCGUGCUGGACGAAGUCUCUGGGUUCUUUUACGACCAGCAAGGCUACGUGUACGACCAACAAGGAAACCUCAGAGGUUAUUUGGAUGCCAGUGGAGCUUUCCAGGCGUAUUCGGAAAGUGAACUGCAGUAUUACGCGGAAACCAUGGCAAGAGUUCAAGAUCAAGAACAAGCGGACUAUGCGUAUCCAGAAGGUUAA